CAGAUCUGAGUCAAUCCAAUGUGUUGCAACAAACCAGUCAGAGCUCUUUUUCGUAGCACGUGCUUCGCAACAAGACUGUUCAGAUAAUGUCAUAGUAAUGCGCCUGAUGCAAUAGUUUAAAUUCUUUGUAGACUCAUUUAUGUUUUACUUAUGACCAAUAGUAAUAUUCCGGUGUAGAUUUUCCUGCCAGAAAAAUUCUUUCCCAGUUUCCUUUGCCACACACAAGAAUCAUUUCCUGAAACUGAAUGUAUUAAAAUGCUUCCCAGAAGUACAGUUGUUAAUUGGACUAUAUAUUUGAAUAACUUCUACUCAGAUGAUUUUCAUUUUCAGUACCAGCAGAGCACUUCCCCGUAAGUUCAGAGUUCCUCCAUGUUUUUGUUUCGUUCGUCGCCAACAGGUAGCCACGUGUUGUGUUUUUCUCAAGUUCGUGUUGAACUACUUACUUUUCUCGCUGUCUGUACAAAUAUCAGACUGAAGAUUUGUAGAAUUCCAAUAGAUCAACAUUAUCAGAUGUUGCAAACUGAUCUUAUGUUUUUCUUUUUCUUUUUGAAUGGUCAGUUUUCAAUUCCAUGUCUUGCAGUCCGUAAGAGGAUUUAGACUUACCAGAACUGCAAGAACUGCAACAGCGAGCGUAAAUGCCAAAGGUUUUUGCCGCUUGGCGGCGGUGAGGCGUGCCCCCUUAUGGUUCGUCGUUUCCGGCGUCAAGAAGGACGGGAUGUCAAUGAUGGGAGACGAGAUUGACUACAUGAAGGAGCCACUGCAGCAGAAGAUGCAGGAGCAGCCACACGAUGCUGACACGGCGGUGGCGUUGUUGAGCCUCUUCCUGGAAUCAAACCUGAACGAGAUGAAGCUAGGAGAGGGCGGCCCCCAGGUGGAGAUGUACUGUGCCGCCAAAUCAUACAUUUUUGAGGUUUCUAUGGGGAUCCUUCAGGUGUUCCUCAACUUUCGUCUUUAGAUGAUGAAUGUGAUUCUUCUGCUGGUUGGCUUGAGCACAAGGGCCAUUCGAGAUCACAGGGAGGAAGCACUGUUGGCCUUGCUAACGGCCGGUCCAUGUAUUCGUGCUCUAUGCAACAUUGGGCUA